AAUGCAUGACUUGAUUAAGCUGAUGGGUCAAGAUAUUGUUAAACAAGAGUAUCCAGAUGAACCUGGGAAACGAAGUAGAUUAUGGUGCUAUGAUGAUGUUUUUGAAGUAUUGUCAGAGGACAUGGGAACCAAUGCUGUUAAAGGCAUAGUGCUGCAGUUGCCAACACAAAAAGAGCUAGUCAUCAGUCCCAAUGCUUUCACACACAUGAGGAGACUGAAAAUGCUUAUAGUUCGGAAUGCCAAAAUCAGCGGAGGUCCCGUAUCUCUUCCUAAUGAUUUAAGGUGGCUUGAAUGGCCUGGAUGUCCUUUAUCCACUCCCGUAUGUGUUCCAAAGAAACUUGUUUGCUUUGAAGUGCCCCAAAGCCAGAUUGUGGGAUUUGGAGGCAACUUAAAGGACUUUCAAAAUUUGAAGUUCAUUAACUUUAGAGAUUGCCAGUCGUUGGUUUGUAUGCCGAACCUCGAAUGUACUCCAAAUCUUGAAGAAUUGAAUCUCCGUGGGUGCAUGAACUUGGAGCAUGCCCACAAAUCAAUUGGAUAUCAUGGCAAGUUACAGUUCUUGGAUUUAUGUGGGUGCUCUAAGCUUUAUGAACUCCCUGGUGAGCUCCGAUCCACGAAUCUUCAACAUCUCAAUCUUAAUCAUUGCUCAAAAUUGCAAAGAUUCCCCGACAUUCCAAAUAAAAUCACAGGCAUAGAAACACUUAAUUUAGAAAGCACAUCAAUUGAGGAACUUCCAGCAUCCAUAGAAAAUCUUGUCUCUUUGGAGCGUAUGGAUUUAAUGUAUUGCAAGAAACUGGCAAUCCUUCCACCUAGCAUUUAUAGGUUGCCAAAUCUUCAAAUUCUGAAUCUUCGAGGCUGCUCAAAACUAGUCAAGUUUCCAAAGGAGGAGGAGGAUUCAAGUGAUGCCCAUAUGAAGACAGUAUUUCCUAAGUUAGAUUAUUUGGACCUUAGUGGAUGCAAUCUAUCAGACAUAGAGUUCCUGGAGAAUCAUUCCUGUUUUCCCUUGUUAAGAUAUUUGAUUUUGCGUGGAAACAAUCUUGCAAAACUUCCUACAUGCGGGCAUCUAUAUAAGUUGCUCUGUUUGGAUGUUUCGAAUUGCCAACAACUACAAGAGAUCCUCAAGAUUCCAAGGCAAUUGCGUGAGCUAUCAGCAGUUGGUUGCCAAUCUUUAAGUAAAAUUACCUCCGACAUAUGUCACGUUGAUGAUGUUGACUUAUCUUCAUGUCAUGAACUGGUCCGUAAUGGGUUCAUGAAUGAUUUGUUCAAUCUCGAGCAUUUUCCCCCCACAAUUGGUUGUCGAGUUCUUCUACCUGGAGGAGAGAUGCCAAAGUGGUUGCUCCCAUAUGGAGAGGGUAAUAUAUCAUUCAUGGCUUCAAAGGACUUAUAUGAGAAUUUACUAGGAUUAGCUUUUGCUGUUGUAUUCGAAGUAAAAGAAGGAAAGAAGGAUGUUGAAUUCCAGCUUCUGGCAAACGUCAACGGUGAAAAGACGAGGGAAGAAUCAAAGACUUUCCGGUCAUUGGAUUUGGAUCAUAUGUGGCUUGAUUGUCGCAAAGCAAAGCUGCUAUGGGGAGGAGACGCUGUUGGUCCAAAUGAUUGGAGUCAUUUCCAGUUUAGCAUUAGAGUAUCUAGAGAACAAUUUGGUGAUGCCAUUGUGAAAAAGUUUGGAUUUCGACUAAUAUGCAAACUCCUAGAAAACGAUUUGGAGGUUUUGCUUCAAGAAGAUCAGUCAUUGGAUCCAGCUUUAAUUUACAAGGUUUGGCAUGAAGAUAGUCAAACAAGCUCAGAGGAAGAAAGUUCAAGUGAAACAGAAGAUUAAUUGGAUAGUAAAAGUGGCACAGAGGAAGAUAAUUCAAGUAAAUUACUCCACAAAAGGUCGAACAAAGUUGACUUCUCACUUCAGUUUUCUUGAGUUGACCCGCCACAAUAACAUCCGGAGCGUCCCAUUCCAAUGAAGCCUUAGUCAUUCUAUCUUCCAAUGUCGUCUUCUUCUUCUUCUGAAGCAAAAUGGCCGUACGACAUCUUCCUCAAGCUUCAGAGGCGAGGGGUCUGCCAUGGCUUCCUUGCUUCCCUCCACAGGGCUAUGCUUCAUGGCGGCAUCAACGCCUUCAUUGACAGUGAGGACUUGAGGCCUGGGAACGAUAUCUCACCGGUGCUCACGAAGGCCAUCAUGGAGGGGCAAAUCACCGUGCUCAUCUUCUUCAAGAACUACAGUUCGUCUUGGUGGUGCUUGGAUGCUGAUGAAGGUAAUGUAGUGUAAGAGGCUCAAGGGAUAGCUAGUGUUGCCCGUGUUCUAUAGAGUCGAGUCAAGGGAGAUUUGAGGGCAAACAGAGAGUUAUGGCAAGGCAUUGGCCAGGCACAAGGAGAAAUUGGGAAAGGAUUAUGAGAAGGUGAAGAAAUGGAGACAAGCCAAUUUGUCCGGUUGGCAUUAUAUCCAUGGGUGUCAGAGUACUCCUGUUCAACCCUUUAAAAGAAUAUGGGAUUCUAUAAUCUGUUGAAUCAUGAUGGGAUCGAUUAUUUUGUUAAGAGUCAUGUUUUGGAAUGUUACAGGGUGAUUGUU